GCCGAUAUUUAUGCUAAAAGAAAAUUUAAAUUUAUUAGAGGACCCACGCAGUUUAAUUUCACUAGUUCAAGUGGGUCUCGAAAAUUCGGAUGAUUCACUUAAAGCUCAAUUUUAUAUUUAUACAUUGGAUAAUAAAGGAGAAAAAGUGUUUUGUAGCCUGUGA